AUGAAUCGGCAAUUCAGUUCCAGAUCAUUUUCAGCGGGGGGAAGGAGGAACUACUCUGUCUCCAACAGUGGCUUCCGAGUGGGCAACAGCUCAACCUCUGUCAUCGGAGGAGUGGGAUCUUUUGGUGGUGGCUUUGGCAGCAGAAGUCUCUACAACGUUGGUGGAAGCAAGCGGAUCUCUAUGGGCCUAGCUUCCGGUGGUGGUGGAGGAGCUCACUAUGGAAGAAGCUUGGGUGGUGGUCUGGGAUUCAGCAGUUAUAGCACAGGAUAUGGAGGUUAUGGUGGCGGGGUUGCCCUUGGCAGUGGCAUUGGCCUAGGUAGUCAUGUUGGAGGCUUUGGUGGUGGUGGUGGAGGAGGAUAUGCACUUUCAGGCUCAAUGCCUUGCCCACCACCUGGGCGAAUCCACAACGUCAUAGUGAAUAAGAACUUACUGACUCCUCUGCAUGUGGAGGUCGAUCCUGAGAUUCAGAGGGUCCGGGUGCAAGAGAGGGAACAGAUUAAGACCCUCAACAACAAGUUUGCCUCUUUCAUUGACAAGGUGCGAUUCCUUGAGCAACAGAACAAAGUCCUGGAAACCAAAUGGGAUCUUCUGUACCAACAAGGCUCUCCAGCACUAAGGGACAAUCUUGAACCUAUUUAUGAGGCUUACAUUGAAACUCUUCGAAGGCAGUUUGACAGCCUCUGCAAUGAUAAAAACCACCUGGACAUAGAACUGAAGAACACCCAAGAGCUUGUGGAAGAUUUCAAGAACAAAUAUGAGGAUGAAAUUAACAAACGGACAGCUUGUGAAAAUGAUUUUGUGGUGCUCAAAAAGGAUGUGGACAGCUCAUAUAUGCACAAAAUUGAUCUGGGAUCCAAGUCUGACUCCUUGACUCAAUAUAUCCAGUUCUUAAGAGCGCUCUUUGAUGCGGAGCUGGCUCAGCUGCACUCCCAGGUUAAAGAGACGAACGUUAUUCUGCAAAUGGACAACAACCGAGAUCUGGACCUCAACAGCAUCAUUGCUGAAGUCAAAGCUCAGUAUGAAGACAUUGCCAAUCGGAGCAGAGCUGAGGCCGAGGCGUGGUAUCAAUCUAAGUUCCAAGAAUUGCAAAGUACAGCUUUCAAACAUGGAGAUGACUUGAAAUCAACCAAAGAUGAGAUUGCAGAUAUGAGCCGGUUGGUCCAAAGACUUCGCUCUGAAAUUGAAAUUUUGAAGAAAGCAAUUGCCAGCCUGCAGUCCAACUUAGCGGAAGCUGAGCAACGUGGGGAGUUAGCCCUGAAAGAUGCUCGGACAAAGUUGCUUGACCUCCAGACUGCCCUAACAACAGCAAAGGAUGAGCUGGCUCGCCUGCUGCGGGAUUAUCAAGAAUUGAUGAAUGUGAAGCUGGCCUUGGAUGUUGAGAUUGCUACAUACAGGACUCUGUUAGAGGGAGAGGAAUGCCGGAUGUCGGGAGAAUUUGAAACCCCUGUUAAUAUCUCUGUGAUCAGCAGCUCGAGCACCAUCAGUGGUGCAGGAGCCGGAGGAUAUAGUGUCGGUGGGGGAUCUGGCUACGGAGCCGGAGGAGGAGCUGGAUAUACUAUUGGUGGAGGAGCCGGUGGAUUAAGCCUUGGUGGUGGUGGAGGCGGCGGCGGCGGUCAUAGCCAUGUUAGUGUUGGAGGAGGAAAAAUGAGCCGGUUUAGUAGUGGGGGCAGCUUAAGUGGAUCUGGAAGCCUCACAGGGGGCGGAUACACCUAUGGUGGGGGGAGUUCAAGCAUGAAGAUUGUAUCGUCCACAAGCUCCUCAAGCAAGAGAAUAAUCAGCUAAGGUUUCCAAAAGCAGAGGUCACUUCCUGCUUCAAGAAACAGAAGAGUCUCUUGUUAUCCCAUACCCAACCAACACACCAUACAGUACUUUCUGAAAAUUAAGUGUGCCCUCAAUUGCCCAUACUUCUGCUACAGUGAUCACACAAUCCUCUACAUUUACAGGGUAAAUGGCUUCUUGGGAUGACACUUGUAAGCCUAAAGUAUGAUCAGGAAGUUGAUCUAAUAUUGCAGCCCUUCCAAGUUCUAGGUGGAUGAUCACAUACUUGGAAACUUCCUCUCUCUUUUGCUUUCUAAAAGGAUGUAUGUAUGCAUGCAACAAGACCAGUGUGUCAGGGCUUCGAGCCCACUUUUCCCCCUGGCAUGCUAGUUUUGCAUGAACAGGCAUGUUUUCUGAUCAAUGACAGAAGCAUUUCAAUCAUGUAAUCAUCCACCUGCAGGCUCAGAAGUGGCCCAUCCCAGAAAGGCAGAAGAUGCGAGUUGAUGUGAUUGUUCUGACUGUAUGUGUUUCACCCCAUCUGUCUUCUUACACGCUCUGCUGCAUAGACCAUUGUAAUUUCCCUGCACCCUCACGUUGUUGGGUUAGUGCUUCUGUGAAUGGAAUGGUGCUUCACAUAUUUCCUUCCUCCGUGUGGUCAGCGGUACUGUUGCAUAACUCUAUAGGAAGCAGGUAACAUAGCUUGUCUCUUGGCUUCUCUGCUUCAGUGGCUUUGCCCAUCUUCUUGUCACAAAGAGAAUACACUAAAUUGCAGAUGAGGAACAGGAGCACCAAACUAGACAUACUACUUUUAUAAGCUCUGUUUAAAAGAUCACUUUAUUGUACAUCCGCUGUUAAAUUUUAAUGUACAGUAGUUCGUGUGAUUAUACCAGCCUCUAAAGUUGUUAACAAAAAGCAAAAUGUAAAGUUCCGGCAAUACCUCGUGGAAUUAUCUCUCGUGUCAA